AUGAACCUGGAGCUGAAAAGUGCUGCUGUAAACAAGGACACGCAGCGGGACAGAGUCCCUCCAGCCUGUGUGGUCCUGUGCGGAGAGGGUUCUGAUAAGCGCAACACCGGGCCACUGACAGCUUCAUCCAUCAGCGACGUGACGGACAGGCCCUCGCACUGGGGUCACGCUGCGUGCCCCCAUGUGCCAGCCUGUGUGGCCACGGGAAUGUGCCGCCUGAACGAAAUCAAUCUGGAUUCUGGGCCAGAUUUCUAG